GAAAGAAGUAUAGAUUUUUAAGAACCAAAAAAAUAAAGGGGAAAGAUGUUGAGAGCAGCGCAUCUACCGUCACCGGGUUUCUCUGUUCUCAAGCUGUCUUUGGUUCCGACUCUGUGCUUCUCUUCUUUCCCUCCCUGUUAUCUUCGCAAAGUCUCUACCUUUUCUCUUCUCCCCAAACCCCACAUAUCCAAUUGCCGUCCUCUUCUUCCUUCUCUUAGCCCGAAUCCGGUCUCGCCUAUGGUGGGCUAUACAUGCCCCAGAGCAGCAGCAUCGUUUAGUUCUGAGAGUGGCUCUGGAGGUGGCAGAGAAAUAUUAGUGCAGCACUUGCUGGUUAAAGAAGAUGACUUGAAGCUUUUGUUGGAGCUUGAACAGAGAACAUCCAAAGGAGUGGAUUUGAGUGACCUUGCGCUGGAGUACUCCAUUUGUCCAUCCAAAGAAGAAGGAGGAAUGCUUGGAUGGGUGAGAAAGGGGCAAAUGGUUCCAGAAUUUGAGGAGGCUGCAUUUAGUGCCCCUUUAAACAAAGUUGUAAGGUGUAAAACUCAAUUUGGAUGGCACUUGUUACAAGUUCUAUCUGAGAGGGAAGAAUCUUUACUUCGAGACAUUCAACCUGAGGAGCUGCAGGUGAAAAUGGAAGAUCCCAGUUUUGUUGAAGAGGCUCAAUUAAUUGAUGUCCGCGAACCUGAUGAAGUGGCCAAAGCUUCUUUGCCUGGAUUCCAAGUUCUUCCCCUCCGCCAGUUUGGAACUUGGGGACCAGAAAUAACUAGCAAAUUUGAUCCUCAUAAAGAUACGUAUGUAAUGUGUCACCAUGGAAUGCGGUCACUACAAGUUGCGAAGUGGUUGCAGACACAGGGUUUCAAGAGAGUGUUUAAUCUGUCUGGGGGAAUCCAUGCCUAUGCAACAAAGGUUGAUCCUUCAGUUCCUGUUUACUAAGAGAUUUUUCCCAUAUGUAUGCUUUUAAAUAUUUACUACACUUUUGUUUAUUUUAGUUUCAGUUUGCAUAGUAGAAAUGGAAUUGCAUGUAAUCUGACAUCUGUUUACCAAAUAAACAAGUUGUUGGAAAACAAUUGUUUAAUGUAUCUUUUAAUUGGAAAAGUAUAUUUUUCUCUUCCUCCUUGUAGGAGAUUGAGAUCUGUCUAGAUAUGGCACUUGGAUAAUUGAACAUACACAUUCAUGCACAAACACAAACAUGUAUAGAUGCGCAUAUAGCUCUUUUAUACAUUUAAAUUUGUAUAGCAACUACAACCUUGCACCAUUACAAGUUAAUAAGCACUCAUCACUAGGGCUUUCCCCUUAAUUAUUAUUACUUAAACAUGAUUGUAUAGAAGACAAAUACCCAAAACUCCCUUAGCUUGCUUUAUUAAUUCGUUGUCUUUCUUCUCUCCAUUGUAGUUAAUAAUGAGCAAAAUCAAACAAAGGAAUACAAUUAGCAUAUGAUU